CAAAAACCGGUUACCAUGGGUUUUCUAUUAUUCGCUCUCAUCUUGUACAUCAUUUGGGAUGUCAAUUAUUUCCUACGUUGCAUUUUCACCGUCUUUGCUGGGCGUUUGUUCCAAAGUAAACGGAAAGUUACCGACACAACAACGAUUUAUGGCCUUUGCACCUCCCAGGAUGUCGACAUUUUCAUUAAGCACAUGAACAAUGCCCGCUAUUUGCGUGAAUUGGACUUUGCCCGUUUCCAUUUCUAUGCCUUGACCGGUAUUUACGAAAAGAUCCGUGAACGUCGUGGUGGUGCCGUCCAGGGUGCUUCCAGUGUCCGUUAUCGCCGUACCAUUCCCAUCUUCCAUCCCUAUAAAAUCCAAACUAAAUUGAUUUGGUGGGACGAUAAGGCCAUCUAUUUGGAACAACAAUUUGUCACCUUGACUGAUGGUUUCGUCCGUGCUGUGGCCAUGUCCAAACAAUGUAUUACCAACUGUAAUGUCAUGGAUAUUAUGAAGACAUAUCCUGAGGCUUCGAAACGUCCUGAAAUGCCCGAAGAAUUGAAGUUGUGGUUAGAUGCCAUUGAAGUGUCCAGCCAGAAGUUGCGUAAAGACAAAUAA